AUGGCGGCGGUCGUAGCAGCUCCGGAGUCCUGGAGCACCGUGGCUCCGAGGAAGAAGCGCUCAGCAGGGAGGCGGCCCCGGCGGGACGAGCGGCGUGCCCGCGGGCCCCAGGCCGAGCCGGAGGCGGAGAGCGAGGCUGUCCUGCGCCGCCUGCGGGAGGCCGAGGAGGACCUUCGAAGCUCCGACUUCUGCGACUCAGCACUGGAAACCAUCACCCAGUGUCUUAGGAAACAGCUGGAGCAACUGCAGGACCUGACGGAAGCCCUUGGAAGGCUGACCCUCAGCUCAUCACCUGGUGGGUCGGGAGAGCACUCGGCCACGAGCACUUCCCUUGUGAAGUGUGUUUGCUAUGGCCUUGGGAACUUCGCCUCCAGUGUCACUGCGCGGAGCCAGCUCGCUUUUAUGCUUCUCUUUCUGGAGAAGUGCCAGAUCCCCAGAAGCCACUGCCAGGUCUAUGACCCUCUGUUCAACCAAGCUGAAGUUUCAGUGCUCAAUUCCCUUGGUGUGACUGUCCUCAGUGAGAAUGAGGAAGGCAAGCGCAGCAUCCAAGGCCAGCCCACCGUCUUCUACAUGCCACACUGUGGCACCGCUCUAUACAACAAUCUGCUGUGGAGCAACUGGUCCAUAGACGCCCUUUCCAGGGUGGUCAUCAUUGGGAACAGUUUCCAGUGCAUCCAGGAGAGGUUGUUGGCAAGGAUUCUGCAGAAAAAUUAUCCCUACAUUGCAAAGAUUGUGACGAGUCUGGAGGAGUUCCCACUGCGGCAGACUCCACAAUACACAGACACCUUUAAUGACACCUCUGUCCACUGGUUCCCUCUGCUGAAGCUGGAGGGACUGCCCAGGGACCUGUGGGCAUCUCGGGAAGAGCCUGACUACCAGAACUGUGAGGACCUGGAGAUCAUAAGGAAACAGACAGGCAGCUCAGCUGGCAUAGCAGGGCAGUACCUGCCACCUGGGCCGGAAGCCAUGCUGCAGACCACGCCAUCUCCUUUGCCAGGCCAGGAAUACAGAUCGGCUGGUGGCAUCACAUCACAUCCUGCCCUGGUGGCCUGGUCUCCCAAAUAGAGACGUUGUUUGUAAAAUCGGUUUAAAGUGCUGUUUAUUCACACCUGACUGGUGUGGGGCCCUCAUGUCUACUUGGCCAUGUCUAUGAGACUCUGCAGGGAGGUGGGCACCCAGGUCUUCUCGCCCUGCACGAACACCACACCCCGGUCGAUGUAGAUGACGAUGCGGCCGAAGGUGUAGAGCUGUUUGCCCUCGUGCCGCUUGCCAAUGACAGGCAUGAAAACAAUGUUGUGCUCUUCUGCCUUGGUCUCAAUGAGGUCCUUGAAGUUCAUGGGCACAGAGCUGGCAGCCGCACCGAUACCCCUCUGAGCCAUGUUCUCGGCCUCGCGGCGUUCCUGCAUGGCCUCGUACUGGAAGUCCUUCCUGCGCUCCGUGUGGGUAAGGUAGGCAAUGUUCUCUCGCGCGCCUGGCUGCAUGUAGGCACCUGAGAGAGGAGAGGACAGUGAGGAGAGGUGACCCCAAGUGUACAGAACCCAACAUGUAUAUGACAACACGGUGUGUCCUCUGCUUAGGGACCCAGGCACUAAUAUAUGGUCGCUGCAUACUUGGGGAGAGACAUAUCACAAAAUUGGUCCAGGAACUUGAAGCUAAUAUCAAAUACCAGAAGUGAACCUGUCAGUAUCAGAUGAGAUGUGGCAAAGGCCUGAGCCCAGAGGUGGCCCCCUGAAAUCACCACCCACAAGGUCACCUCAUAAUCUAGCAUGGCCUAUGCUGCCUCUACUUUCCCCUUGACCACAGAGGCCCCUGUCCUCAAAGAAUGGAAAACGGGAGUUGGAAAAAUGGCUCAUUGGUUAGGAGUAUGUAUUAUGUUUGCAGAGAAUCCAGCUUGAUUCCCAGCACCCACUUCAGAUGCACACACUAUCUCCAGACCCAUGGGAUCUGAUGCCCUCUUCUGGCCUCUCUUGGCACUGCACUCGUGUGUACUACAUGAACCAGGUAGCAAUGUGACUGUAACACAGCAACCCUGGGCCCCAACAGCAAGCAAUGAUACACAGUGACCUGUAGUGAUAGACCUGCCUCCACACCUGUAGCACUGACCAUGCCCUCUGGGCGUGAUCACAGGUGCAGAUGUGACCAGUGAAAAGGAAAUGGUUCGGGGUCGGAAGCCCCUUUUGAGUCGCAGAGCACUGGGGAGCAGGGUCUGUCUCCUUGGAGCAGGAAGGCUGCAGCAGUUACUUAUUGUUUUCCGUGUAAGUUAUUUACUAAUAAACUCCACUUAAAACUG